AUGUGGUUUUACCUGUCUUCUACGACGUGGAUCCAUCCCAUGUUGCGGAAGCAGACAGGAAGUCUUGCAAGGGCAUUUGCUAGACACCAAAAAUCUCAACACCCGAAGAAGGUGAAGGCAUGGAAGGACGCACUUGCAGAGGGUGCAGAUCUGGCAGGGAUGGUCUUACAAAAUCAAGCUGAUGGACACGAGUCAAAGUUUAUCAACAAGAUUGUUCAAGUGAUAGGAGAAAAACUAAGGCAUAGACCCCUAAGUGUUCCCCACAUCAUGAUCGGAAUGCAUUCUCGAGUCAACAAACUUAAUUUAUGGUUACAAGAUGGAUCAAAUGAUGUUGGCAUACUUGUAAUUUAUGGCAUGAGUGGAAUAGGGAAGACAACCAUUGCAAAGUCUGUUUAUAAUUCGAACUUUGGAAGGAUUAAUGAGAUUGAAGAUGCAAUAAGCUCUAAGAGGGUUCUCCUUGUUCUCAAUGAUGUGGAUCAUAUGGACCAAUUAGAUGCAGUACUUCGGAUGAAAAAUCGAUUUUGUUCAGGAAGUAAAAUCAUAAUAACAACUAGGCGUGCAAGAUUGUUAAAAGCUCAUCAAGUUACUAAGGUGCAUGAAGUUGAAACUUUGCAUUACAAGGAAUCAUUGAAGCUCUUUAGUUGGCACGCUUUUGGUCAGGACCAUCCCAUUGAAGGUUACAUUGAAUAUUCGCAAAAAAUAGUGGAUCUUUGUGGAGGACUUCCAUUAGCUCUUAAAGUUUUAGGUUCUUCUAUGUACUCGGAGGAUAGUAUAGAUGUAUGGAAAAGUGCACUGGAGAAGUUAGAAGCCAUUCCAAAUGGUGAAAUAGUAAAUAAACUAAGAGUAAGCUAUGAUUCUUUGCAAGAUGACCAUGAUAGAAAAUUAUUCCUCCACAUUGCUUGUUUCUUUAUCAGAAAGGACAAAGACUACAUUGUUAACAUCCUAGAUGGAUGUGAUUUCCAUACAAUUGUUGGCAUUCAAAAUCUCAUCGAUAGAUGUUUGGUGAGUAUUGAUGGUACAAGAUACAACAUGAAAGGUCUUAGUUAG